CCCGGGACUGCCCGGGCGCGGGGCGCCGCGGGGGCGCUGCCGGCGAUGCCUCCCCCGCGGCCGGGGAGCGCUGCUCGCCGCUGAGCGGCUCCGCGGGGGGCGGACAUGUCCUCGCUGGUGAAGGAGGACCUGGCCAAGAGGCUGUUCGGGCCCCGGCGGCAGCGGCUGCACGAGUUCAUCGAGGUGGAGAGCUCGGGCGCCGAGCGCUGCUACCUGUGCGCCGCAGUGACUAAAAGUGAAGAAGUAGUAAUAUGUAUGGUUAAACACUGGCGAGUGGAUCGAGAGGAGAAAUAUGAAAUAGUUGAAAAGUGGUUUUUGAAAGAUCUGGAAAUGAUUGAUGGAAAAGAAGCAGACACUGAUAAUCCACAUUUUGAUAUGCACUUCCAUGAAGUCUACCAUCUGGAAGCAUAUAGUUGUGCAUCUAAAUACACAUUUGCUCGGACGCUGAACAAACUGAAUGAAACGUACCUUAAGAAGGACUUGAAGAUUGUCAACUUUGAUGACACCUACCUAAAUGAUGACUCAAUCUGGUCAUCCAACAAUAGGGAUUGCUUAGUACUGAUGAGGAUAUGCUUCUAUGCUUCUAACCUUUUAUGUCUCUCCCUGUGCCCUUUGUCCUAAAGAUGCAUUUUCUAAUGUUAAGGUGACUGGUUGACCUUCGCUGACCAGUAUUUCAUAAAUCAUCUGAUCAAAAAGAGAGUGAGUGAUACAGUAUCUGCUUUUUAAUUUUACAUAUAAAUGAAAACUGUAAUAUAUACUUUUUAGAUAAACAAUUGACCAUUCCUUUAUACAUAUUAGGAAGGCCUUAUGUGGGUAAAUACCUACAAAUACAUGAGACUUUCAACAUGGGACCAGUAAUUCUCCUGAUCAGUGCUGAUUGCUUAUGUAAGUAGAAGUAGCAUUUGUUCAUAUCAUAUGUUCAUGGAGGUAUAAGUUAUCUUUCACUAAUAGCUGGAAAUAUUUUUAAAGCUUUAGGACCAGUAACAGGUAAUUUUUAUACUCUCGAAGCAGAAAAAAGAACGCAACCAAAUGAGUUCUGUACAAGAAUGACACACAUUUCCAUUUUAACUCCAUUAAAGAGAUUACACCUGCAUUAUUACUAGAAUAAAAUCCUCAUCCUUAUCAAUUGGGCUUUUGCAUUCAGGUACCAUGGGACCAAUUUUUCAGCUAUGGAGUUAUAAUUAUUUUUCCCUCAGAACACCUCAUACUCCCUUUGGUCUCUCCAUUACUUGUCUUACAGUCUUAGAAACAGAUAAUGAAUGUUCUUAAGCAAAAUUGCUUUAUUUAUCAGACCUUUCAGAAUUUUUUUUCCUUUAUAUCAUUAACAUAAUCUUUCUUGUACUUUAUUGUUUAUGUAUACAAACAGGCUAAGUCAAUGAACAAAAAAUGUUUGUUCAUGUCUCUUCUCUACCUCUGGACCAGGAGUUAACAAAAUACUAUAUAAACAGCAGUUGUUGGCUACUACAAUUACUUUGUAGACAAGUGACAGACAUUUCAAAAUUCAUAAAAUUAUGAGAGUAAUUUUCACCAGUUUCUAGCUAUGCGUCAGCAUAGUCAGUGCACUACUUAAAUGCAUAUUAGUUACAUUUAACAUGGGGUGGAGUCUCCUAGGUGGUCUGGAAGAUCUCAUCCAUAACAAAAAAUCAGGGCUGGACUUGUGACAGUAUCACAUUACAGUAAAAGCAAGUGGAUAAAUUAAAGCUGUAUUGAGCAAGAGCUGAAGAGGAACAGUGUUGACAAUAAGAAGCACAUUGAUAUUGCCCAGCGUCAGUCAGCUAAGCUACUUGGCUGCUCUUCCCACAGUCAAUAAAGAAAUGCCAACCCAUAAGGUCAACAAGAGAACCUUCUGGACAGAAUGUCCUGCAGGAGAAAAUUUGCUUUCUAUUUUGGCAGCCAAGAGAGAACAGGGAGACCAGCUAUAGACCAGCUACAUACCUAAAGCUAUGGAUGUAAACAGCUCCUAGGAAAUCGCAAUCUGGUUAUUCUCAUCUCUUGGCACCUGCCAUCUGUAAAAGUGGAUAGCUGCACAAGGAUACUGUGAUUUGUGCUUCACUGCUGUCUGUCACAUGAACUCCCACCUUUGAAAACAUUUGCAUAAACGUACUUUGGAUUCAAAAUUGAAAUAACAUCAAAUAAAAAAGAAAAAAUUUGAAAAACUGCAUAAAAUGUGCAGCUUUCUUAUUUACUUUUUAAAUGUUCUCCUAUUGCUUGUCCCUAGGAAAGGCCAUAGCUUUGAGAAGCUAAUCUUCAGAAGCAAUAUAUUUAUUCUCGGCAGAUGUUGUAAGUUGCAUUCAUUCUAACCCAAAUCUUAGUGAUUAUGUCUAUCUUGACAGUUUUGAAGGCAGUUUUGUGGGUAACGCAAAUCUUCUGGAAUUUGUAAGGACUUAAGUUUUACAUCUAUCACCUAAAUAGAGAGAAGGGCUGUUUUUAUGGUAAUUGAAAUGCAGUUGUUCUUUUCAGAAUGCCUUUAGGAUAACCCAGUGCAAGUAUGGGUGCUGCAACAUUUGAUCCAAAGCUACAAGUAUUUGCCCAACAUCCAGGUUCCACAAAACCAUCUUAAGUAGCAAGUAUAACUCAGACUACUGUUAUCUAUGAUACACUGCCUUGUUUGAAUGUGUAUUACUAAUUACAGAGGUCACCACGUUUUCUGUAAUGUUUACAAAUACAUUGCUUAAUAGGUACAUGGAAAUAUGUUCUGCGUGGAAAAGCUCCCAACAUCAACCUUGCAAUUGUAAUAAAAAUACAGAGCCUCUAAAAGAAGCACUUGAGAGCAUUCUUUUGGAAUAAAGUACAGACAAAGUGAAUUCCUGAUGAAUAAUUGCCUGUACCAUGUUAGAAACUGAUAAGAUAAAAAUUACUAAUGUUCAACCAUCUUUAAUGGACUUGAAUCAGUAGUUUGUAUCUUUCUGUUCUUGAACUUUAUAAACAUUAAAUUGACUGUAUUAGAAAAUAAAUAAGCCUGCAUUUUAUAUGGAAUAAUAUGCAAUUAAAAUCCGUUUGGCAUUUCUUCUGUCUGAUAACCUAAUAUUUCAGAUAUUCUUCAAUAAGUGAUCAGAUUAAACAGACUAUUGUAACUAGAAUAGAAUAGAAUUUUUCAUUUGGAAGAGACCUUCAACAAUUAUCUAGUCCAACUGCCUGACUGCAUUGGGGUCAAAAAUUAAAGCAUGUUGUUAAGGGCAUUGUUCAAAUGUCUCUUGAACAUUGACAGGUUUGGGGCAUUGACCACCUCUCCAGGAAUGCUGUUCCAGUGUUUGACCACUCUCUUGAUAAAGAAAUGUUUCUUAAUGUCCAGUUUAAACCUCCCCUGGCAUAGCCUUAAACCAUUCAUAUGUGUCCUGUUGCUGGAUAAUAGGGAGAAGAGCUCAGCACCUCCAUCGCCACUUCCCCUCCUCAGGAAGCUGUAAAGAGCAGUGAACUUCCUUUUACCCAAACCAGACAAGCCCAAAGUCUUCAGCUGCUCCUCACAGGACAUGCCUUCCAGCCCUUUCACCAACUUUGUUGCCCUCCUCUGGACACAUUCAAGGACCUUCACAUCCCUCUUAAACUGUGAGGCCACAUCAACACCAAAUACAGCGGGAUUAUCAAAAGGAAAAAUACUUGAAAAAAUCUUUGCGAAUCUAAUCUAGGGACUCUGUACAUUUAUACAGUUCUUUCUAAGAGGUCAAAUACCAAGACACUGUGUUAUUACUAGACUGACUUGAUCGCACUACGGAAGGUCUUUGUCCAGAGGUGCGGGAGACUGUCACUUAGAGGUUUGUAUAGCACAGCUACACCACAGGAGACAGAGAAUAAACUAAAUUAUAAACGGAAAUACCUGACAGGCUCAAUAGCCCAUCUUUCAAUUAAUGCAGAAUUGUUUCCUACAUUGCAUUUCCUGACACUGGAUAUACAGAAUGUAGUUUAAAAUACAAUAUCUGGGGAUUUGUCUGCUUCUCCUGGAAGACUUCUCCAAAGUGGAACAGGGAGAAACUUACAGGAGCAAAGAAUAUCACAAAUGCACUUGCAGCAUUCUCACCGAAGGUUUCAACUAAAUACGGAGUAAAUUAAUGCUCAACAUUGUGGAUAUAAAGUGGAUUUUCUUCCGAAUGCAGGAAUUUUUAUCAGCCAUACCUGUUCCAGGGAAAAGAAAAAAUAUGGCAGCCUGAAAAUGAAGAAGAGUGAUAAAGAGCAAACAAAAGUUGAUGCUCACUUGAGAGGCAGAGAGAGAACAGAGGCGGUCAUGAAAGACAGAUGAUAUUCUUUUCCUAGGUGUAUUUUUUUUAAACUCUUUAACCUACACCAGAAUUAAGAUCCCGGGAUACCUACGACAAAGGAACUUGAGAAUAUUCUGUAUGCAGCAUUUAUCAAUACCAUAUUUGUCCUACUCUAUACUUAAAAAAUACAUUUCCUGCAGCUCGAUGCCAUAAAAAGCAUUUAACAUCAUCAUUCAGAUAAGAUAGUUCUAUAUCAAAAGAACAUCGGUGAAGUUCCACUGG